CACUAAUUUUUCCAAGCGACGGACCACCUCACUUAAACCACAAAAAAAAAGAAGAUACAUAUACAGAAAACAAAAUCGCCAUUGAACGGUGCCUAAAAAGAACGCGAAUCGGGUGUGUGUGAGAAAUGCGACGCUCACAGUGGCGCCGCUCCACUCUUUAGACGCUCCAGAAGCUCGGGUUCGCCUGGGUCCGCUCCACUCUUCGCUUGACUAAUACAAACAUCGGGCGGGGAGGAGGAGGAGGAGGGAAGGCGAAGGCACCAAGGAAAGAGUGCGCUGCGACAGCAACGCAACGUCGGCUCCUCAGCGGAUAGGAUGUUCUCCGGAUCCGGCAGCCAUGCCCACACCAUCAGCUACGGAGGCGGGAUUGGGCUGGGGGGCGGGGGCAGCAGCACUGGCAGUGGUGGAGGGGGCGGGGCUGGUCUGCAGGACUGCGACGGCUACGACUUUACCAAGUGCGAGAACGCGGCCCGCUGGCGAGGCCUGUUCACGCCGUCGCUGAAAAAGGUGCUGGAACAGGUGCAUCCGCAUGUCACCGCCAAGGAGGAUGCACUGUUCUAUGUGGAGAAACUCUGCCUCCGCCUGCUGGCCAUGUUGUGCGCCAAGCCGCUGCCCCACUCCGUCCAGGAUGUGGAGGAGAAGGUGAACAAGUCAUUUCCGGCCCCCAUCGACCAGUGGGCCCUCAACGAGGCCAAGGAGGUGAUUAACUCCAAGAAGCGAAAGUCUGUCCUGCCCACGGAGCGUGUACACACGCUGCUCCAAAAGGAUGUGCUGCAAUAUAAGAUCGACAGCUCGGUAUCCGCCUUCCUGGUGGCCGUCCUCGAGUACAUCUCGGCCGACAUCCUCAAAAUGGCUGGCGACUACGUGAUCAGGAUCGCGCACUGCGAGAUAACCAAGGAGGACAUAGAGGUGGUGAUGAACGCCGACCGCGUCCUCAUGGACAUGCUGAACCAGAGCGAGGCGCAAAUCCUGCCAAGUCCAUUGUCGCUGCCCGCCCAGCGAGCCACCGCCACAUACGAAGAGACCGUCAAGGAGCUGAUCCACGACGAAAAGCAGUACCAGCGCGACCUGCACAUGAUCAUACGGGUCUUUCGCGAGGAGCUUGUGAAGGUCGUGUCGGACCCCAAGGAGCUGGAACCGAUAUUCUCCAACAUCAUGGACAUCUACGAAGUGACGGUGACGCUUCUCGGCUCCCUGGAGGAUGUCAUCGAGAUGUCCCAGGAGCAGAACGCCCCAUGUGUGGGGAGUUGCUUCGAGGAGCUAGCCGAGGCGGAGGAGUUUGAUGUUUACAAGAAGUAUGCCCACGAUGUGACGUCGCAGGAGUCGCGCGAUGCGCUUACCAAUCUCCUGUCCAAGCCCGGGGCCUCACCCCUUAGAUCUGCUGGCCACGGCUUCGGAGACGCUGUCAAGUACUAUCUGCCCAAGCUGCUUCUGGUGCCCGUUUGCCAUGCCUUUGUCUACUUCGAAUACAUCAAUCUCCUCAAGGAUCUCAGCUCGUCGCAGGACGACAUUGAGAGCUUCGAGCAGGUCCAGGGCCUGCUGCAUCCGCUCCACUGUGAUCUGGAGAAGGUGAUGGCCAGCCUGUCCAAGGAGCGCAUGGUGCCAGUGAGAGGGAGAGUGCGCCGCCAGCUGGCCAUCGAGCGGACGCGAGAGCUUCAGCUGAAGGUGGAGCACUGGGACGACAAGGACGUGGGUCAGAACUGCAAUGAAUUUAUUCGAGAGGAUUCGCUGUGCAAGCUGGGAUCGGGAAAGCGGAUCUUGAGCGAGCGCAAAGUCUUUCUCUUCGACGGCCUCAUGGUGUUGUGCAAAGCAAAUACCAAGAAGCAAACGCCGUCGGCCGGAGCGACCACCUACGACUACCGGCUGAAGGAGAAGUUCUUCAUGCGAUGCGUCAAGAUCAACGACCGAACGGACAGCGACGAUCUAAAGAACAGCUUCGAGCUGGUCCCCCGGGGGCCGCCGGCCAUCGUGCUGACUGCCAAGAAUGCGCAGCACAAGAACGACUGGAUGGCCGACCUGCUCAUGGUGAUUACCAAGUCGAUGCUCGACAGGAUUUUGGAUAGCAUUCUGCAGGACAUAGAAAAGAAGCAUCCGCUCCGCAUGCCCAGUCCGGAGAUCUACAAGUUUGCGGUGCCGGACAGCGGAGACAACAUAGUGUUGGAGGAGCGCGAGAGCGCCGGAGUGCCGAUGAUCAAGGGAGCCACGCUGUGCAAGCUGAUUGAACGCCUCACCUACCACAUCUACGCCGAUCCCACUUUCGUCCGCACAUUCCUCACCACAUAUCGCUACUUUUGCUCGCCGCAGCAGCUGCUGCAGCUCCUGGACGAACGCUUCAACAUACCCGAUCCUAGUUUGGUCUAUCAGGACGCCGGCACUGCUCCCCUGGGGGGGAUGGGCGGCGUUGGAGGCGACAACAAGGAGCACAAGAACACGCAUCGCGAGGACUGGAAACGCUACCGCAAGGAGUACGUUCAGCCGGUACAGUUCAGAGUCCUGAAUGUGCUGCGACACUGGGUGGAUCAUCACUUUUACGACUUCGAGAAGGAUCCCAUGCUGCUGCAGAAGCUCCUUAGCUUUUUGGCAAACGUCAAUGGCAAGUCGAUGCGCAAGUGGGUGGACUCCGUGCUCAAGAUUGUUCAGCGAAAGAACGAACAGGAGAAAAGCAAUAAGAAGAUUGUCUACGCCUACGGGCACGAUCCUCCACCCAUCGAGCACCACCUGAGUGUUCCCUUCGACGAGAUAACGCUCCUCACCCUGCACCCACUGGAACUGGCCCGCCAGCUCACCCUGCUCGAGUUCGAGAUGUACAAGAACGUGAAGCCAUCGGAGCUGGUCGGCUCGCCUUGGACCAAGAAGGACAAGGAGGUGAAGAGUCCGAAUCUACUGAAAAUCAUGAAGCACACCACCAACGUGACGCGCUGGAUAGAGAAGUCCAUCACCGAGGCGGAGAACUACGAGGAACGGCUGGCGAUCAUGCAGCGAGCCAUCGAGGUGAUGAUGGUGAUGCUGGAGCUGAACAACUUCAACGGGAUCCUAUCCAUUGUCGCGGCCAUGGGCACGGCGUCGGUCUAUCGGCUCCGAUGGACGUUUCAGGGACUGACGGAGCGUCACAGGAAGUUUCUGGACGAGUGCCGCGAACUCAGCGACGAUCACUUGAAAAAGUAUCAAGAGCGAUUGAGGUCCAUCAAUCCGCCGUGUGUGCCAUUCUUCGGUCGCUAUCUGACCAACAUACUGCACCUGGAGGAGGGUAAUCCCGACCUGCUGGCCAACACGGAGCUAAUCAACUUCUCCAAGCGGCGGAAAGUGGCAGAGAUAAUUGGCGAAAUUCAACAGUACCAGAACCAGCCAUACUGCCUCAACGAGGAGUCCACCAUUCGCCAGUUCCUCGAGCAGCUGGAUCCCUUCAACGGAUUGUCCGACAAACAGAUGUCCGACUAUCUCUACAAUGAAAGCAUGCGCAUUGAGCCAAGGAACUGCAAGACAGUGCCCAAAUUUCCACGUAAAUGGCCGCACAUUCCCCUCAAAUCGCCGGGCAUCAAGCCACGUCGUCAAAAUCAGACGAAUAGCAGUAACAAGGCGUCAAACAACACCUCGACAGCCGCAGCAGCAGCCUCGUCAACGGCAACGGCCACAACGAUAGCUACAGCAGCGGCGCAGCCUGUGAGCACAAUCGAUCCUACGUCGACUGGAGGUCUGGCCGACGAGCAGAGUCCCCAGCACAAUCCGCACGCGUUUUCCGUUUUCGCGUCAGUUCUCAUACCGGAUAGAAGUGCCAGCGGUUGGAGCGGCACUCCGCUGCAUAGUCGAACGGACCACAGCAACGGGGUUGCGGGAGCGGUACAAGCGCCACAUAUCCCUAAGAAACCGGGGGCUCAUGUGUGGGCCAACAACGCCGCGACCCCCCUGGCGCCUGCAAUGGAUGUGUUCAGUCCGGCGCUGCCGGAGCAUCUGCCAACGCAAUCGCAGCCGGACAGUAAUCCCUUUGCCGGCAGCAUGUCGGAUGCGCCGCCCUCGCCGCUGCACAGGGUGGUGGUCAGUCCGCGGCAUGAGACGGCAACCGGCAACCGAUCACCAUUCCAAGGGCGGAUGCAGUACAGCCCCACUCAUAGUAUUUCCAGUACUGUGACGCUCACAGGAAUGAUGGCUGGCAGCGGGGCGAUGCCCGGCGAGGAGAUAAGUCCGCAAACGGGAGGUUUCUACUACAACAGCGCCCAUCAGCAGGGGCCGCCCGGAGCCGUGCCAAUCUCGCCGCACGUCAACGUCCCAACCGCCUCAAACCUGGAGUAUCGAGCUGUGCCGCCUCCACUGCCGCCACGGCGGAAGGAGCGCACGGAGAGUUGUGCCGACAUGGCGCAGAAGCGACAGGCCCCGGAUGCACCCACAUUACCUCCUCGCGAUGGCGAGCUGAGUCCUCCCCCCAUACCGCCACGGCUCAACCAUUCCAUGGGCUACUCACGACACAGCCAGGGCAAGGAGUUCGUGGGCAAGAGCAGCUUGCUUCUGCCCAACACCAGCAGUAUUAUGAUUCGCCGCAACUCGGCGAUCGAGAAGCGAGCUGCUUCAGCUGCCCAACAAUCGGAGCCAGCGAUGAUGGGGUCAGGGUCCAUUAAUACAAUGCUUGUGACGGUGCCGCAGCCACUGGGAGCGGACGAACAGCCGCCGCCGCAAUCGAUCUCGCCCGCCCUGAGCUCCUCGACUACCACAUCACCGCUUACGCCCGCCACACCCAUGUCCCCCAACAUUCCCAGUCAUCCGGUGGAGAGCACCUGCACGAGCACCUAUGCUCGGAUGCGACACCAGCACAAUCAUACGCAGCACCUGCCCCAUCUGCCCCACCAUCAUCAUCACCAGCACCAGCACCAUUCAAAUCAGACGCAAACGCGCUCGUCCCCCAAGGAGAUCUUUCCGAUUGCCACGAGCCUGGAAGGCACUCCCAAACUUCCACCAAAACCUAGUCUAAGCGCUAACUUCUACAACAAUCCAGAUAAAGGUACGAUGUUUCUUUACCCAAGUACAAACCAAGAAUAAUUUAAAUUGCCUGGCGAUGUGAUAGGAUAAAACAAACUACGAGUAUGAUCCGUAAGAUUCAAUGUUGAGAGCACUGCCCACUGUGCAGAUAUACAUAUAUGUAUGGCCGGAGCGGGAGUUAUAUACGUAGGUACAAUUAUGUAUUCGAGUUGGCAUGCAUAGGCACAUGCAGCAAAUAUGGACCGAGUUGGAUCUGAUGAUUUUUAUUAUUCGAAACUCAUUAAACAAAUACAAACUCUCAUUUACACAAGAAGCACAACACAUGCAUACACACACACAGAUACAC